UAAACAACGUUUGGUCUGGUUGGUAGAUGUGGCUUUGUGACGCAAAACUAAUGUUUAGCAGCUAAGGGGUGAAGUUAUCAUAUUCUGUGAACAUUAAAUUAAUGAUCUGAAAAUGUUUUGUAUCGAAAGUUAUUUAUUUAUUUUCACUAGAUCCAAUCAAAUUAUCGGACGUUUGGUAGGUGCCAAAUUGUAGCUCCUAACCCUACAUUGUCUCAGUGAAUUAUUGUGGCUUCCGUUUUGCAACUGACGUUAGCUAGCUUUUACAACUGGACAAAAGAAAGACAAACGGCAACUGGUUGUCUCUGGACCUUGUUGUGUAGCCUUUGUUUCAACGGAGGAAAGUCUACAUUUAGCUUGACAUUUCGGAUAUAGAGCCAACUUGGGCUCGUUGCUAUUCAACGUCUGGCUGAUGAGAUAAAUAGCUUCUGCUUCGAAAAUGAAAACUGAAGUCUCAACAGCGGCCAGCUUUGUUGCCAGAUUGCUGAGAGCAACUGGAUACUUGUCGGAAGACCUACUGAAAGAGUUCACCCAUUCCUUGGAGGAAGCUUUAGCAGAGCACUACCAACACCACUGGUUCCCCCAGGCUCCAUGCAAAGGCUCGGGGUACAGAUGUCUCAGGAUCAACCACAAAAUGGACCCCUUGAUUGGCCAAGCAGCUUGCACUAUUGGAGUCACUCGAGAACAACUCUUCUCACUCCUGCCCAGUGAACUGACGAUGUGGGUCGAUCCGUACGAGGUGUCCUAUCGGAUAGGAGAGGAUGGCUCCAUCUGCAACCUCUACGAGUCCACUCCACCAGUGCCAACUAAUGCCAACACAACAGACAUGGUCAGCUGCAAGGAAGAACUGAGAUUUGGAAGGCCAAGCCCCUCCAAUUCGUUCAUGAUGACCGUCUCAAGCUAAUAUUUUUUUUUAUGUUCAGAGCUUUCUCUGUGCACUACUGUAUCAGUUCUGCCCCACAUUUUGAUGUAAUUAAGACAUUAAAAGGGAUUCUUAGGGAUUUUGACAAUAAGGCCCUUUUUCUACUUCCUUAGUGUCAGAUUAACUCGUGGAUAUCAUUUCUAUAUAUCUGUGUCAGGUAUGAAGGAAGUUAAAGCUAGUUUUGUAAGCCAAUGGUAACUAGUGUUGGCACAAUGACUGGAAGUUUAUGGGUAUCUGUUAGCAUGCUAGCGACUUCCAGUCGUUAGCAACUUCCUUCAUACUGCAUGCAGAGACAUAAAUGGUACCCACGAGAUCAUCUUACUCUGGGGAAGUAGAUAAAGGGUUUCAUGGCCAAAACCCCAAAGUAUCCCUUUAAAGAUUUUUGUAUUACUGCCACACCCUGUUUGUUGUGACUCAUGAAAAUGCUCAAUUGUUUUCCAUUAGUUCCAUGAUCUGUAACUUAAGUACUGUCCUGAAGCAAAGAUUGUAUAGAUUUAUAUUACAAUUAGUUGUAUUUGUAAUAAAUUCCUCAAAAGCAACUGUUCCUCUAUCAACAAUGGACUCAUGUUGGGCAGGAUCAUGGUUGUGUUCAGUAGGCAUGAAAAUGCAUGUUCUUAUUGGACAUUCAUUCCUCCUGUUUAGUGCCCACUGACCACAACCCAGAUGAUUGAGGAGUCUGUAUGUUAGAGGGUAAGGCUGCCAUUGUAAGCUCAGGUGUAUUCAUUACGCCAAUUGUUGCUAAAUGUUUUGCAACAAACUGUUUGCUACAAAACAAGUUUCUAUUGGAUAAAUUCUGGUAGGUCCCUUCUUGUCUCA